AUGGCCCGCCCCAGGAAGGCGAAGCCGCCGCCGCCCUCGCCGCCCAAGGCGGCGGCGCCGUCCAUCGCCGAGGCGCUGCUGCUGGCCACGGUCUGCAUGGUGGGCCUGCCCGUGGAGGUGCGGGUCCGCGACGGAUCCGCCUACGCCGGCGUCUUCCACACCGCCUGCGUCGACGCCGGAUACGGUGUUGUGCUAAAGAAAGCAAAGAAGUUUGCAAACGGGAAGGGAGAUGCAAAUCUGUCGCUGGGAUCGUUUGUGGACACUCUUGUUAUUUGCCCAGAUGACCUUGUUCAAGUGAUUGCAAAGGGUCUUUCCCUCCCCCUUAAAGGUGUUUGUAGACCUCUUGAUUCCAACGUGGUGGCUGCCAGUGGAUCCUUGAAGCCUCAAACUUCACCAGCAAAUGACCCGAAAAUGUCAAAAACUGAAAAUAUGUCUCCACUUAUGCAAGCUGAGAAAUGCACCUCAGUGGGUCAGGAGAAAAACACUUCUGUUAAGAAAAAUGGUCAAAAUAGUGGUAGCACUACAAGUUUAAGCUCUUCAACCGGACAUGCGGGGCCAUGUUUCUCCAUGAUUGGGGUUUCUAGGUCUGCAACUAUGGUGCCUAAAGUUGAUGUUGUUACAAGUUCAGCUAUAGCUGCGCCCGUGGUGGCUUCAGAUGUUAAACCCUCUCAGCCAGUCAAUAAUUCAGUUACCAAGAUUGUCACGUCAAGCAAAACCGCUGCUAAGGAAUUUAAACUCAAUCCUUGCGCAAAGGUCUUCUCUCCAUCUUUUGCAAGUUCUAGGCAAGUACUUGCAGCUACGACGGCCCCUGUUGACACAUACUACAUUUCACACUCUGCCCCUGAAGUACCAAUGGGCGUACCUGUAUAUGAGUCAAAAUCUGUGUCAGACGUUUCACCUCUAUCCAACAAGGUUCAUUGUAGUAACCUGUCUCCUGCAAACUAUGCCAUUUCACCUCAAUAUGUUCAGUCAAUCGUGGGCCAUAAUGUAUCCAGGCUAGACCCAACUAGAGUUGGCACACCAUACCAUCCCAUGCAGGUGGGCGCAACCUACACUACCCCUAGUCCUCAGCCUGUAAUGACUGGGAAGUUCAGUCCUGUUGUUUAUGUUCAACCAGUUCCUCAGGAUGCAAUGCAUGGAACACCCCUUGGUUUUCAAGGAUGGCCUCGCCCUGUGCUGUUGAAUUCAUAUCAAGCUAGCAUGCAGAAGUUCCAAGGCAACACCCCGGUGUAUUUGGCCCCUCCAGUCAUGGCAACUGGGAACCUGCCAUUGGUGGUGCCAAGCCCUGCACCACUUGUGCAGCCGUUCCAGGCCAUUCAUCCCAUCAUGGUCCCUGCUGCAAGCAGCAUGGUCCCAGGAACGUACCAAUGA